AUGCGAGGAAGUGGGGAUGUCCGUGGACGCGGCAUGGGCCGCGGCGGGCGCGGAGGUGGUCGUGGGGGGAGUCGCAGCACGUCGCAAUGUGACUCUACCCCUGGAUGCCCCCUUGAUUCGGAGGUAUCGUCCGACGAGUCGGACGAAAGCAGCAGCUCGUCCGAGUCGUCGUCGCCGCGCCGACGCCCCCCGGCCGCGACAAGUCGCAGUGGUCGGCCGAUCCGCCCCGUAAGCUAUCCAGAGACAGAUCAAGACGUGUUCGACGACCACAUGCUGCGUCUUGAUAUGGAGCGCCGUGCCAAGGAAGCGGGCUACGAGGAAAUGGCCCCCGUCGCCCCUGCGCGCGUGUUUUACCCGUCCGUGGAAGAGUUUGCCAACCCGAUCGCGUAUCUGAAUUAUGUCGCAAAGGAAGGAGCGCGCUAUGGCAUUGCAAAGAUCGUCCCGCCAAAGGGGUGGGCGCCGCCGCAUAUGAUCCACUACGACAACAACACGAACGUAUUUGAGACGAAACUGCAAAAGGUCCAUCGGUUGCGAGAAGGCAAGUCGUACAGGGAUGGCAAGGACCAUACGCUGCACUCGUACCGGAAGGCAGCGCAUGAGUUCAAAGCAGCGUGGUUUGCGCGCAAGGGCAUCGACCCGGUGACCUGGACGGACCGCGAUUUUGAAAAAGAAUACUGGAAAGUGGUCGAAACAUCGUACGAGUCGCUCGAGGUGGAAUAUGCCAACGACCUCGACAUCUCGAUCGUCGGCAGUGGGUUUCCGCAGGUCGCUCGCGACGCCCGGCGCGAUGACCCGCACGAACACGUCGACUUUUCCAGUCGCGCAUAUUACGACCACACGGCGUGGAACCUCAACAAUUUGCCGUCGGCGCGCGGGUCGCUCCUGCGCCACAUUGACGCCCAGAUCAACGGCGUAAACGUUCCGUGGGUGUAUUUUGGCAUGCUCUUUGCGAGCUUUUGCUGGCACUUUGAGGACAAUUCGUUGUACAGCGCCAAUUACAUGCACACGGGGGCAAAGAAGCACUGGUAUGGCAUCCCGGCCGCGUCGUGCGACAAGUUUGAAGCUGUGUGGAAGUCGCUCACCCCUGAUCGAUUUGCCAAAAAACCCGACCUCUUCUUCCAUCUGGUCACGAUGGUGUCGCCCACCGUCCUCCGGCAGCACGACGUCGACGUGUAUUCGCUCAUCCAGGAACCUGGCGACAUUGUUGUGACGUUUCCGCAGGGGUACCAUUGCGGAUUUAGCCAAGGGUUUAACUGCAACGAAGCCGUCAACUUUUGCCUGCCCGACUGGAUCCCGUUUGGCCGUGUCUGCAGCGAGCGGUACCGAGAAGUUGGCCGGCUCUCGGUGUUUUCACACGAUCGGUUCAUGUCGGUGCUGGCCAAGCGCGGUUUGUUCCCGGACGACGCUGACCACGACGACGACGUCGGCGCGUUGGUGCAAGCCAGCCGCAUGCUCAUGGACGAGCUCAACCGCCUUGUGGACGAAGAAAUUCGUCUGCGCGACCAACUCGUGAAAUCUGGCAUCGUGACGGUGGUGGCGAUGACCAAACGAAACGAGGCGCUCACGGACGACGAAAUGGGCUACGACGACCGAAGGCAGUGCGUUGCAUGCAAGCACAGUUUGUUCUUUUCCGGCAUUGCGUGCAGUUGUUCGCACACGAAGGUGGCGUGUCUGCGCCACGCGGACAAACUGUGCCAGUGCGAUCCGUCCAAGAAGGUAUUUUUGCAGUGGUUUACGCUCCUCGAGAUGUUUGGAUCGAUGGAAGCGCUGGACGUUCGCUUGGUCGCGCUGGAAAAGCGGGCCGCGACGCAGGAAAGCCGCCGCGCCGCCAAACGGGUCAAAGUCGACCAGGACCACCACGUCGCGUCGUGCAGAACAACGCUCGAGCGCAACAACCAGCCGUCCAUGGCGGGGAGCUUCUCACUGACUGUGUGCACUGGUGCAGGGCUAACUGGUGCAUUGUUCGUGGAGUCGGAGCAUGCGUCGGAGGUCGCGCUCUUGACAUCCGAAUGGAUUGCAGCCUGUGAAGCCAGCCGAGAGACUCGAGUUGAGAAACACGAAGAGUUGAACGCCACGAGGCUCAUGCAAACACAACCGAGCUUUCCCCACAUGCUGGUGCUCCCGCCACAAGAUGAUCCUGAUACAGUCAUAAGCAAGGUCCUUGAAGGUGGCACGCGAAUGGAUCUGGGCAACUUAUUUCCACCCACACUGUCCGCUCCGCCGUCGUCGCAUUCCCUUCGACACGCAUGGGUUCGUGCCCUGCAUUGUCUUCGCUCGAUCCAGUACUUGGUCGAGAGUGGCUUCGACGAUGCUGCAUAUCUCUCCAAGAUUCGAGCUCACCAGCGCACUGUCGUCACGUCAGCUUUACAAAGAGUUCGCGAGUUCGAUGUUGUGGGCAGCAUGGCGCUGUUCAUUGCCGUCAAUCGCAAGGACCUUGUCGAGGGAUGGGAUGCCACCGAAGUCGACCACAUGCAUUUGUGGUUUCAACGACUGUGUAGCAACCACCUUGCCCAUGUCGUUUGGUUGACGGACCUCCCCCGCGUCAUCCGCGAGGUCAUCGUGGACAGGUCCCAGAACGAUGUUUGCCUCCUAGUCCGCCCCCAGAGCGGAAGUUUUGACCAAACCGACGCAAGCACCAAACUAUCGUUGCUGCUGGCCACUUAUCAACUCGAUCUCUCCGACGAUGAACGUGCGCUGAUCCUCGCAUCAAUGGGGAAUUCAUGGACCGAUUUACAAGCUGUCUGUGCUGCCAUCGCCGAACGAAGCGUCGACGUGAGCUGCUCUGAAGUCAAUGGCCAUCGUGUACACCAAGCAAUUGAACUGUACAAAGCGAACGUCGCCGACGCCUUGCGAUUCUUCUUGCACUUGGACGUGUUGGCCGAAGCCGACAAACCCACACAAAUUGGCGCGAUCGAAAAGUGGACCGUGUUCCAGCGACUUUGCGGCCUUGGGUCGGACUUGCAACUGCUCGCUGGGCCACACGCUCUUGUGAAGCGGGAGACACGACCCGUCGUGGAUGUGGUGUCUGUUUUGGAGUGUUUCGCCUCGAGUGGGUCGACGGGCGACCAGCGGUUUUGGGACAUGGUAGCCGGCGAAUGGAUCCAUUUGGAGCCGCAGACGGAUCUCGCCAUCGGAGUUGUGCCAUGCCCUCCCGUCGACUUGUGUCGUAGUAGCCAUGUCGUAUUGCGUCCGGUCGUGGAAGCAGCGUUUCGAAACCUAUGGAUGGACGAACACACGUGGAAGCAGAUGCACGACCUGCAGCACCGACUCGACGUUGACAUGCUCUAUGAUCAACUCAGCGAGUACGAAGCCGACAUUGUCGACGCGGCCGCAGCAGUCGAGACCAAGCGGCGCGCUGUGGAACUCGCGUGGGACGCUUACACGGAGGCCGAGAAGUCGGAGCAUUUAGCGAACCUCCACUUGGCCGAAUUGAAACUACAACUGCAGCGCGAUCACGUCCAGCGACUACGCCUCGUGUACCAAACAACCCAACACGGCAACGAAACAUAG